CCGCCAUGUUGGGCCGCCAGCCGCAGCGGGGCCGCCGCUGAGCCCCGGAGCCUGCGAGGCGGCGGGCGGCCAGGAGGAGGAGGAGGAGGAGGAGGAGGAGGAGCCCGGGGCCGGCCGGCCUGCCGCAGCCAUGGCGGAGCAGACCUACUCCUGGGCAUAUUCCCUUGUGGACUCCAGUCAAGUCUCUACUUUCCUGAUUUCUAUUCUCCUCAUAGUCUAUGGGAGUUUCAGGUCUCUUAACAUGGACUUUGAGAAUCAAGACAAAGAGAAAGACAAUAGCAGCACAGCUGGGUCUUUUAAUGGCAACAGCACCAAUAACAGUAAGGGUAUUCAAACCAUUGAUUCUACCCAGGCAUUGUUCCUGCCAAUCGGAGCAUCUGUGUCUCUCCUAGUUAUGUUCUUCUUCUUCGACUCAGUUCAAGUUGUCUUUACAAUAUGCACAGCAGUCCUUGCAACAAUAGCUUUUGCUUUCCUUCUGCUCCCGAUGUGCCAGUACUUAACACGGCCUUGUUCACCUCAAAACAAGAUUUCCUUUGGCUGCUGCGGGCGUUUCACUGCUGCUGAGUUGCUCUCAUUUUCUCUGUCUGUGAUGCUUGUACUUAUCUGGGUCCUCACUGGCCACUGGCUCCUUAUGGACGCUCUGGCUAUGGGCCUGUGUGUUGCAAUGAUAGCCUUUGUCCGGCUGCCGAGCCUGAAGGUUUCCUGCUUGCUACUCUCCGGGUUACUAAUUUAUGAUGUCUUUUGGGUCUUUUUUUCUGCCUACAUCUUUAACAGCAAUGUUAUGGUGAAAGUGGCCACACAACCAGCUGAUAAUCCCCUUGACGUUUUAUCCCGGAAACUUCACCUGGGACCAAAUGUGGGUAGAGAUGUUCCCCGCCUGUCGCUGCCUGGCAAACUUGUAUUUCCAAGUUCCACAGGCAGCCACUUCUCUAUGCUGGGGAUCGGAGAUAUUGUGAUGCCGGGUCUUCUGCUCUGCUUUGUCCUGCGUUACGAUAACUACAAAAAACAAGCCAACAGUGAUUCCUGUGGUGCCCCAGGACCAGGGAACAUCUCUGGACGUAUGCAGAAGGUCUCUUACUUUCACUGCACACUUAUUGGAUAUUUUGUAGGUCUAUUAACUGCAACAGUAGCUUCUCGUAUUCACCGGGCAGCCCAGCCUGCCCUCCUGUAUUUGGUACCUUUUACUUUAUUGCCGCUCCUCACCAUGGCCUAUUUAAAGGGCGAUCUACGUCGCAUGUGGUCUGAGCCUUUCCACUCCAAGUCCAGCAGCUCCCGUUUCCUGGAAGUAUGAUGGAACAGACAGAAAGUGACCUGAACUUCUGCCUUGGUCCUUUUCACUUUAACUCGUGGCUUUGUCAUCUCCUAAAGCUGGUCAGGCUGGUACUUGGGAAGGUACCAAUUACAGGACUUUUAUGAAAGGACUUUGCAUUGAAAGGAGGAAAAAGAAAAGCUAAGGUUCUGGAGCUCCAUGCGACUCCGUAUCUCCCUGCAGAUGUGGAACUGGGGACCCUUUGUGCAACUGCAGCCACUUUCCUCUUUUCCUCGCUCUAAUGGAUUAGUACCAGACUAUUACCUAUGUGAGAGAGGAAGAGAGACUAGAAACUGAAAACGACUUGAAGUCGUUCAAAAACUUGUGAACACUAAAAGAAAAACGGUUAGGCAAACUGAAGCUUCUUCAGCAAACGCUCAUAUACAUUGGGACCAGUUUCCUGUUGGACUUCGGUUUUGAAAAGAACUGAGACAGAAGGUCUUCUGUCACAAUAUUGUUUUUUUUGUUUAUUUUGUUUUUUUUUUGAUUUAUUAAAUAUUUCCUGUGGUGUGAGGUUACUUAUUAAAUCCACAGACAUUGAGUGACUUCUUGCAGUAAACAUAUAAAAAUUUGUUGUAACAAGUUACAUUUCCACCCAGAUGUCAUGUUGCAGUGAAAAAGGGCACGAUUUUUAUACAUAUAUAUAUACACACAUAUAGAUAUAUAUAUGAAUAAAUAAAAAGGAAAACCUGCUAAGAUCAUGCUAUGUAGCAGACAGGGGCUUGCUGUAAUUUUUAGCAUGUAGAGCAGUUUACUCUGGCUUUCUUGUAUAUGAAUCUACAAUGAGCUGCUGUUUUUCUCCCCCCUCCUGAAACUGAACCUGCAGUUUAAAAACAAGUGUAGUAUUUGUAUUGGUUGUACUCACGGACUUUAGGGGAUAUUUGAUUUUGAUCAAUGUAGCAAACUAGGGAAGAAAAAAGUUGAAACCCACCCCUGUUGGUUUGAGGGGGGAGGGGAUGGGAAGGGUGUCUUUUUUUCUUUUUUUUUCCUGUUUUUUUACAAACAGCUCCCUUGCAGGUUUUUAGUAGAUCCUUCUUGACCCAGUGCAUGUAUUAUAGCAGCAAUUGUCUUUGUGCUUUCUGAUCAUAGUAAUGUAUCACUUGUAAAUACAUUUUUUCUAUUUUCUAUUUUUUUGUAUUUUUUUUGCAUUUUGUUUCAUUAGUGUGCUGUAUUUUUUCCAUGCCCCUGCCCCUUAAAGAAAAAAAAAAAAAGGAAAAAAAGAAAAAGAAAACUGUCCUUUACUGUUGUGACUGGUCAGAGUUUGUGUGUUGACUGCUUUGUACCUGACAGCCUGUUAAAAUGUGUUGUGUUGUUUUUUUAAGCCAGCAGUUCCAGUUAGGUUAAUUUAUUAACUGAAAGGCUACCCCAAGAUAACCAGAACUUUUGUCCAUUAAAAUAUUCUGCCAAAUUGGGUUUGGGGAGCUCUGCUAAGCUUGUACCUCUUGUUAGUUUGAUGCCAGUAACUGCUAGUUAAGCAGAAGGAAAGCAGGAUGAAACCUGACUGAGCAGCGAGCUCCCUCGGGGUACCGCUGCUUGCAAACAGGUAAGGGAGCUUCGGUGGAACCUCCGAUCCUUUCUGCUCUGUCCGUUCUUACAAGAAGAGCAAAUUCAGCGUGGUAGAAAAUAUCGUCUGGCCAUGGUUAGCAAUGCAGCUGUCUGGCCUGUUUUUAAUUAACGUGCUCCUCUCUCCUCCACAGGCAGGUCUGUCACUGCUCACGGGCCCUGGGGCUGAAGUGACCGAGUGGCCCCUGAACCGUCUGUGAGCGCUCUGACACAGGUGGUGCCUGCUGCUCUGAAAUGAGUCCCUGGCUUCCCAGGUGGAUGCUUGCAGCUCCCAGCAGGAACAACCUGUGAAGCCUCGAAUCUGUGCCCGGACCUCUGCAAUAUCGCAUGGCGCUGCCUGCACAGGCUUAGGAGCACAUCGGAGUGCCAGCACUGCGGUUUCCAUCGUGUCACACCCAGAAGCCAUUUGUGGAGAUGAAUGUUUCCUGUCUUGAGCAUGUGGGUAUGGUGUGCUCUCAGAGAGAAGGGGAAGGAGUCGCUGAAGCAAUGAGGAAACACAAACUGACUGUUGGGUGGCUUCCCCAGCUUAGGGUUGACCCUUUUGGGGGGGAAGGGGAUGCACAGCUCCCAGGUAUUUUUGUACAAGUAGUGAACAUGUAGAAUUUGAUAUUAAUGUUUAGCUAAACAGCAGUAAGCUGCAUUUUCAUUCAAGUUCUAACACUGCCAGAUUUUCUUACCUCUAUUCCAUUUCUUCUUGUUAUUCUUACAAGU